AGCAGCUUUCGCUGGUUGCUUUUGCUGCUGCCAAGGCUGGAGUCGAGGGCCACCCCGUGGCUGCUCUGCUGCUGCGGCAGCUGCUGCAGCAGCAGCCGCACGACCAGGAGCAGCAGCAGCUGCACGACCAGCAGCAGCAGCAGCAGCAGCAGCAGCAGCACGCAGUGGAGCAGAUUGGCCUCAGCGGGUUGCUUCGGUGCAUAUGGGCGGCUGCAACUUGCGAGGCGCAGCUGGACCGACUCUUCAAACAGGCAGAAGGCCGGCUGCUGGCAGCAGCGCACUCAUUCGACGCGCGCCAAACUGCAACUGUCUUGUGGGCCAUCAGCCGCUGCAUUCGGCCCCACAGGCGCCGCUGCGGGCAAGCUGCAGCAGCGCCCCUCCGCCUCUCUGCAGCAGCAGCAGCAGCAGCACCAGCACCAGCAGCAGCAGCAGCAGCAGGCGAUAAGGAGGAGCCGUGGGUGCCGCCCACAGCACUUCUCGAGGCGCUGCAGCAGCGCGUGGAAGCCACAUUUGCCCGCAUGAGCAACCAGGGCCUCUGCAACUCCAUACUGGCCCUUGCUGCCACUCUUGGCCGCUCUUCAGAGAAAAGAAAAAGUCUUUUUUUUCUUGAAGAAUCUUACCAGCUCCGCAUUGCUCGUCGCCUCUAUAGCUUUCAAGGGGAAGACAUGGCGGCGCUGGCCACUGCCUUGGCGCUUACAUGUGGGGCCCCGCUGCUGCAGCAACGGCUGCUGUAUGCAGCAGCAGACGCAGCAGAGACCUUCAGCGCUACGCAGCUGGCUCAAAUCCUUUACUGCUUUGGGCUGCUUCGGGGCAGCAGCCAUUUGUUUGCAAGCCUGCAGUUUUGCGUCUUGGAGCGGCUGCAGCAAUUCUCCGUUCCAGAACUCUGUGAUGUUCUUUGGGCCUACGCGAUCGCCCGCUUUCACGACGCAAACUUCUGGGCGAAGCCUUCUGGGCUCUGCAGCUUGAGGAGCACCCUGCAAACUUUGCAGAGCAUGUGGCUGCCGCUCUGCAGUCACUGGGCUAUAACCCCAAGCUACGGGCUGAUGCCUCGGGGCACCUCAUAG